CCCAUCAUCUCCAACCUGCAUCAUCCGCCGCGACAUUUGCUGCUUGGCCUGCCUUGCUACCGAACUUUAAUGUUUCCCAGAGCUUGCCGUCUCACUCCUCAUCACAGUAUUAUAUUAUACUAUACUAUACCGAGUGGUAUUCGGUUAGUGCUGAGACUCCACAUUGUUGAAUCCGUUGGCCGUUUUGGCUGGUCUCGUCUCCGUCUGUCGCGAGAAAGCAGCAUGUCGGCUCCUCUGGGCUCCGUGCCGGUGCCAAACAAUGCUCAACUCGACCGUGGCUACGGCGUGGGCGCAUCCGACUUCGCCGAUGAGGCGCCACUCUCCCAAUCCUCCCACGGAUAUGGGGAGUUGGGGACCAACAACGACGGCAACUUUAAGCGCUCUGCCUCCUCCGCAUCGACCACGGUCGGCGGCGGUGUGUCGCGCAGCAAUACCCUGAAGAAGCGCUCCAGCGUGCGCCGGACGGGGAGCUUGAAGCGCAGCGGUAGCCGGAAAAGCCUCCGGGCUGGCAGCAUCAAGGGUUUCGGUGGCCUCGACAGCGAUGACUUCAACAGCGCAUUCCACACUCCGAUCCCUACCAAUGGCUCCCCCACCGAAGCACUCGCGAACCGAUUCCAGGCGUGGCGCCAGCUGCUCAAAUCCCUCAUCACAUACUUUCGCGAGAUUCAGAAUUCCUACGAGAUGCGCGCCAAAGCACUGCACAAGGUCCAGAACACCAUCUCGAACCUGAGCCAUCCGGCGGUCUUCAUGGACGAGAAUGGUCUGGGCGAGGCCAACAAGUCCCGGGACAUCGAGGAUGACGUCAUCGGCGCACUGACCGGCCUGCGCAGCGACCUCAGCCAGAAGAUCAAAGAGAUCAAGAGCUUGAGCGGCGACUUCAAGAACUCGGUCGAGAAAGAGAAGGAAUCGACCAGAAAGGAAGUCGACAGGCUGCAAGAUGCAUUGGAGAAUGCGAGCAUUGCAGACGCCAGCGGCAAGGGCGAUCCCUACGUGGUCCGACUUGGGGUUGACCGAGCAAUUGAGAAGCAAAUCGACGAGGAGAACUACCUGCACCGAGCAUAUUUGAACUUGGAGAGCUCGGGUCGUGAGCUCGAGUCCAUCGUGGUUGGCGAGAUCCAGAAGGCGUACAACGCGUUGGCCGGGAUCCUGAAGCGCGAAGGGGACGAUGCAUACACCACCGUCGAGAACCUCCGCACCGGUCCUAUCACGAUGCCCAAGGACCAGGAGUGGUUGCAAUUCGUGACCCGCGACGAACACUUCGUCGACCCUAGCAUCCCUCUGCGACGUGUCGAGGACAUUGAAUACCCUGGCAAACACCACCCAGCCGCGGCUGAGAUCCGCGCCGGUAUGCUGGAACGUAAGAGCAAGUACCUGAAGUCAUACACUGCCGGAUGGUAUGUCCUCUCGCCCACCCACUUGCACGAGUUCAAGUCGGCAGACAAGAUCUACACCCAGCCGCCCGUCAUGUCGUUGUACCUUCCCGAGCAGAAGUUAGGCUCUCACUCCGAGCCGGGCUCAUCCAGCCAGAAGUUCAUGCUCAAGGGCAAGCAGACGGGAGGUCUCCACAAGGGCCACAACUGGGUCUUCCGGGCGGAAUCGAGUGACACCAUGUUGGCUUGGUACGAGGACAUCAAGAACCUGACGGAGAAGACCGGCGAGGAGCGCAACGCCUUCGUCCGACAGCACGCCCGAAGCGUCAGCGGUCAGAGCGAUCGCGCCACCGUCAGCAGCGACGGCAUGGAAGAGGAUGAAGCCGACGCGACCCCAUACUCUGCGGCUUCAGCAGCUUACGCCGAGCCAGUUCAGCGGGCGCAGCGACCGCAGCCAGGUGAGCGGGAGAUUCCCAUCUGAUAUGGCCCUUCGCACCAUCGGCGCGGCCCAUGCGCCUGCCGACGAUUCCGACGACGAGCGGGACGUCAUCGCCGCAGCCGGCGCGGUCCCCGGAUCGGCCAUGCGAAGCUACGGUGACAGCGACCCUUACCGCCUCGACGGCGUCGAUUCUCAUCUGGGGACCGCGCCGAGCACCGCGCCCGCUGGUCAGGAACUUUUCGUGAGCCCGACAUCCGCCGCCAGAGAGGAACCGACGAUUCCCGUCGCCGCUGUCGGCGCAGCCGCCCCCG